AACAGCAUGGUCCGUGCUGCUAUCUUUGCUAUUCCUCCAUUACUGAGAGGUGCUGCUGGAGUUAUUCCCAUUUGUUCAUCAUUCUUACAGCCAAAAUAUGCAGGUUUAUGUUACUGCACAGUAAAUGGCAAAAUGAAAUCCAAAAGAAAGUCGGAUCAUCUGGAGAGAACAGCAAAUGACUUUCGGCAGGAGAUUAUUUCUAAAGCGAAAGUGUGUGGAAUCACCAGUGAAUCUGAAACAGUUAAAAGGCUUCGUCUGGCAGUCGCAGAUAAAGAAUUUACUUUCAAGGCAGGGCAAUGGGUUGACUUCUUCAUACCUGGCGUUGCUGCCGUUGGUGGAUUUUCAAUAUGUUCAAGUCCUGCUCUGCUAGAACAGGAGGGAGAGUUGGAACUAGCAGUAAAAUAUACCGCGCAUCCUCCUGCUCAGUGGGUGCACACACAGUGCGCUGUCAACUCCGAGGUGGCUUUGCGAGUGGGAGGCAACUUCUUCUUUGACCCUCAUCCUGCCGACUCCCCUGUAGACCUCAUACUCAUAGCGGGUGGAGUGGGAAUCAACCCUUUGUUCUCCAUACUGCUCCAUGUCACGGACCUCCAUAGAAAACAAGAAAAGAAAGGAACCGGGUACAAAAUGGGAACGACUAGCCUGUUGUACAGUGCCAAGAACACGGACGAGCUGCUGUUUAGGAAACAUAUCCUUGGUUUAACAAAUGCAUUUCCUGGAAAGAUCAUAUGCAGUUUCCAUGUUACCCAGCAGAGUUCAGAAAUCUGUGAGAACCUUCAGCCUUACGUCAAGGAAGGAAGAAUAUCUGGAAAAGAUCUAGAAAAAUAUAUUUCCAAGGAGACACUUUGGUACAUCUGUGGUCCACCGCCAAUGAUAGAAUCCAUCUCCAAGCUGCUAGGAAACCUUGGUGUGGCUCAAAAGAACAUUUUCUUUGAAAAGUGGUGGUAGCAACAGCUGUCUACCGCAAAA